UAAUCAAGAAGUGAAUGUAUGGGUCGUUAAGUAAACAUUGACGUCCCAUAUAAAAAUAACAACUACAGCUGUUUGAGUUUUUUCUAAUAAGUCUCAUUCAGUCUGUUUACAUUCACUGUUGCGGUGUGUUCAAACCAUUAAAUCAGGGAUGUGAUCAUCAAUGAUUAUAACUACAUACAAAAGUGAAAUUUAAAUGUGAAUCUUUUCACUCAAAAGAAAGGUGCUUUGUGAUUUUUUUUUUUUGUGCUGCGAUAUAUUAUCUUGACAAAGUAUUGCUUCCUAAUGAUAAUAAUUAAUAUAUACUAAAUAAGAAAUGAUAAAUAAUUAAAUACAAUCUGAUCGGAAAUUUAAAGUAACAAAAAAAAAAAAAUAUGGGAGGUUACGCCAGCAGAUUUAUUUUUAAUAUGUCAAAUAUUGCGGUGAAUUCGGUAUAUCGAGGUCGUAAAAGAAAAUGUAUUGAAGAAGAUGAAUUAAAUUCGGAAUCUGAUUUUAUUGACAGAACAAUGCAAACACCAAAAAGGAGAAAAUUAUUAACAACAGCACAAUAUAUAUAUAAGACAUUGUUUUUAGAAGAAAAGGGCAGCGAUAUCACUGUACUUAUUUUAGGAAGAGCAUGGAGAUUACACAAAGUUUACAUCAGUCAAAGCCCGUACUUCUGUAGCAUGUUUUCUGGAUCCUGGAGGGAAACAAAUGAAAAAGUUAUUAUGAUUCCGAUUGCUGACUCAAACAUCACUUUAGAUUCAUUACAGAUGGUAUUGGGUUCAUUUUAUCAAGAUGAAGUUACACUUGAACCAAAAGAUGUAGUUUCUAUUUUGGCAACAGCAACACUUUUUCAACUUCAAGGUCUAAUUGAUCAAUGCACAGAAAUUAUGAUCGAGACGACAAAUAUCAAGACUGUUGUUCCUUAUUACAAUGCUGCGGUUUCUUAUGGUGUUUCACCAGUAAAGUCAGCGGCAAAAAAAUGGUUAGAAGUCAAUUUACUUGGAUAUGGAUGGUUACAUCCAAGUUUUUUACGAGAAAUUACAUCUGAAUUGAUGACUGAAUUAAUCUCAAGUCCCGGUUUGGUUGCAAUGCAAACUGAAUUUUGCGUUUACAUGAUGCUUCGAGUUUGGCUAUUUGUGCAAAUUAGUAAUAAAGAAGAGACAGUGCAAAUUGAUGAAUUCUUCAAAAAUCACUCGUGGACAGAGCCCUUUUUAGGAACGGAAGAUGGAAAAUUUUAUAUCACUCCAUUUAAAUCAUUAAGAUAUAAAUAUUUGUUAUUACACGAUCAAGAUGUAAAUAUUCUAAAUAGUGAUAAUUUAAUACCACAAGAAUGGCUUUACGACGCAUACAAAGAACAAUGGCUACAUCUAUUGCGAAUUGAUGCCAACAAAGAUAGAGGGCCAAAGUCAAUAAACGAUGAAGAAUUCUCAAAAGAGUGCUUUCGAUGUGGCAGAUGUGUAGACAGACCUGGUGAACAUGUUUGGAGAUGGACUGCUUUUCAUUUUGGAUUAGAUCUUGUUGUAUAUUUGGACACAACAUCACUUAAAAUUAAAAGAAAUCACAGACUGGAUACAGAUCAUAUCAAGGCCAAUCAUAGCUUACAUAAUAUAAUAUUAAGGGUUCGUUUAAUAUCACUUAAUGAACAAAGACAAAUUAAUCAUAUGCAAGACUCAGGAAUGCUUAGACUAUCUCUUCACAAGAACGAAGAGAAACAGGUAAUGAUUCUUGAUAAACAAUUGACUUAUCCUUUAAGUGUUUCCGUAAAUAUGCAAGUAGUUACCCCUUUUGUGACAAACGAAGACGAAAAAUCAACAACAAUAACAAUUGUCUCGGAUACAUAGCUAACGGUUGAUCUCUUAGCUUUUUAAAUAACACGAUUAAAAUAAAAUUAAAUAACAUAAGAAAAAAUCAUUUUCAUUUAGAAUGAGAAAAAAAUUUAAUUUAUCGUGAAGUGUGAAAAGCAAAAGAAAAACAUUACCUCAAUUAAUAUGUUUAUUGAAAGAGAGAUAAAUGAAUAUUUGAGUUCAACUCAUUUACAUUAUCUAAAGUGUAAUAAUUUUGUAAAAUGUACAUAAUGAUGCUUUUUUUUUUUACUUAACUCAUUUUUACAAAUUAUUAUUGAUGGCUGUUUUUGAAUUUUACAAAAAAACAAAAUUUAUAUACACAUUAAUCGUGUGUAUUGAUCUAUUAUUAUAAAGAUAUUUUGUGCAAUUAAUAAAACAAAAACUAGUCUGAAGGAUAUUUUCAAAUAAACAGCGAAAAUAUUAGUUUAUAAGUGAAAAACUACGUUCAUUUUAAUCGUGAAAUUAUUCAGGAAUCGCUUAAAUUUUUUUUUUUUUUUUUUUUUUGUUUUGAACGGUGCGAGUAUGUGUAGCUUAAUUUUCGUUUUCAAGAUAAAUUUAAUUUCUAAUAAAUUGCUAAAAUUUAAAUAUCGAAAUUGUUUAUGGUUUAAUAAUAAUUACUUGAUUUAAUUUAAAAAGUUGACACAUUUUUUGGUAAUUGAAAGAAAAAAAAUUAUUGUAUUUUUUUCUGAAAAUUUAUGCCAUAAAUAGCUUUCUAGUCUUUAUAAUAUUAAAAUUUGUAUCUUUAUGCUGGCAUAUAUGGAUACAAAAGUAGAGGAUUAUUCUUGAAAUAAUUUUUACAACUAUUUUUGUAAAAAAUUUAAUAGCUAAUAUAAAAUAUUUUAUCAAUGCAUUAUAAUUAUUAUUUAAUGUUUAUAUUAUUUUUUUUCAAGGAAUGAUAGAAAAAAAAAAUGUUCAAAAA